GUAAAAUAUUCGCGUCAAAUAGCAUUAGUAGCAGUGAAAGAAUAUAAUCAAAAGAGAACAAAUUUUUACUUGAAAAAAAAAAAAGUGGCCAAUGACUGUACAUUGUGAAUAGUUGUCUGUAAUCUUCUCAUCUCUUUAGAAAGAAAACAGCCUUCUAUACCAGUGUGUAUAAAGGUUGCUUUGAAUAAACAACAUCAAUUUAAUUGAUAUUUUCCUUUAUAAUAUUUGUAUUUCAUGUACUAUAACCUUUAUUAAGCAUCAUGAUGAAAUUGCUAAUUUCCAUUUUUUUCGCACUAUCCUGUAUCAGCGUUGCUUACGGCGAUGGUCUCAAGUGUACAUUAAAGCCGGCUGAUAUCGAUCCAAAUAAAUGGAUCGAUAUGGUAAAUCCAUGUAUAAAACAUUUGAAAAAUCAAGUUAAAAUUGAAAUUAAUGCUGCCAUGACUUAUCUCUCUAUGGGAGCUCAUUUUGCCCGUGAUUCUGUGAAUCGACCAGGAUUUAGUAAAUUCUUUAUUAAAGCAGCAAGCGAAGAAAGAGAACACGCAAUAAAAGUUAUUGAAUAUUUACUUAUGCGCGGUCAAUUGACAAAUGAUGUGAGCAAACUUUUAAAUUUCCCACUGAGAACUAUUAGAGAGGAAUGGUCAAGUGGCGUUGAAGCACUUACCGAAGCUCUUUAUUUGGAAGCAAAUGUAACAAGGAGCAUUAUAAAUGUUAUUCGUGAAUGCGAACAUUCAGAGACUCAUCUUGGCAAUGUCGUCAACGAUUAUCACUUGGUCGAUUAUCUCACUGGCGAUUUCCUGGACGAGCAAUAUAAAGGAAAACGUGAUUUAGCAGGAAAAGUUUCAACUCUGGGUAAAAUGAUGUCAACACAUGGACCGCUCGGUGAAUUUUUGUAUGAUAAAAAACUUCAUGAAGAAUUGUAAAUUUUUGUCAAUAUUUACAUAUAUAUACAUACGCGUGAGAAGGUGAUUUUCAAUUAUUAAAUAAUAGAUAUAUUAUAUAUAUAUAAACAUUGUAUAACUUUAAUGGGAUAAAUUGCUCAUUAGUUAUCAUUUUCAUAAACAUUAGAUUCUUUUUUUUUUAUCAGUUCAUUGUAUUUCUUAAUUUUUUCGAAUAUUUAGAAAUACAAUAUAUUUAGUCGCGUGUUAAAAUUUGUGAGUAAAUUUUUUUUUUGCAUAUUAAAUCAAAUAUUUACAAUUUUGAUUCUAGUUUUUGAAAAUUUUUCCAAAAUGUUAUUUAAUUAUUUACAUAUAUUUUGGGUAUUAAACUUUUUUCUAUUUUUUUUUUUAAAUAUUAGUAUUUUUUUAUUGAAAAUCUGCAUGUUUUUAUUCUAAAUUGAUUAAAUGAAAAUAAAAAGAAAAAAAAGAGAAGACUUUAUAAAAAAAAAAUAUAUAAUUCCAGUGAAAUAUUUCAUUAUAUUUAUAAAUUCUAUGUUUUCUGUUUUUUUUGAACUUUUGCAAUCUAAAGAAGUGUUAUGAUAAUAUCAAAAUUUUUUUUUAGAGUAAAGAUAUGCAUGUUAAUACAAGUAAUUAUAGAGAUUAUUAUUAUUAUAUUCAAUUUCAAUAUUAUUGUUUACUUUUGAUCAAUAAAAAUUUUGAAACAA